AUGGUUGGUGUAGAACAGAAACAAGGCCCACUCGAUCCUGUCUUUGGGCAGCACAGAGUUUUUUCUUUAAGUGAUGAAGCUGUUUCCCAAGAAGCUAUCAAGUACCUUAUGGAUGUGCGUGAUGAAGCUUUACACAGCGCUUCCAUUUACGUCAAAUCACAUAUAAAUAACGAUCAAGACGAGCAAGUGAUUGGUAUGGUAGCAGAUACAAGUGAUUUAAAAGUUAAAAAGAGGAUAUUGGAUGAUUCAGAAAGUAUAAACAUGUGGAUAAAUGAACUACGUGAAGAAAUGGCCCCUCUUGAUGAGACAGCAUCAGAAAUAGUUUACACGGAUGAAAUGCUAGAUAUACUAGUCUAUGAAAUCAAAAAGUAUUUGGAAGAACACCCUGAAGAAGUGAAUGACUCCGUCAGAAGAGUUACAAAGCAUGUGCAACCACUCUCGAAUCCUGCGUACGAUGUUAGUUCCGAAUUGGUUCAAAAUAUGGUAAAGAAACUAAAGGACAAAAGAUUCAGCGAUAUUUCGUUUCUCAAGAGGUAUAUAAACAGACCAACUCCGAUUCCAACAAACUUCCGCCAGUGGUUUGGUCAUAUUAAGCAUAACGAACCUACAAGACAGUUUAUGCUGCGCUUGUCUUUCGAUGAUUUAAUGAAGAUACAAGGGUAUAUGAUGCAAUGGAUAGUAUCCAUCAGCAAAAAUAAACCCGAUUCAAAACAAUUACAGAAAUGGCUACUCUAUGUGUGGAUUUUCAUGCCAAACGAACUUCUAUCACAGCAGAUCUCACAAUUGAGGGAACUAGGAAAGAAGUGCAGGACGAAUAUCAAACUAAACACAGAUAUUGAAGGGUUAGAUAUGCCCAAAGAGAUACAGGAUAUACCUUUUCCCAAUCAGAGGUCAGAGUUGAAUGCAGUUGAAAUAACUCUUGCUGUAAUUGCCCACAGAUAUGGCCAACAGGACUUAUUGAACGAUGACCAUUGA